UCUCGAAAGACGAGUGUACGUUGCAAUGAGGCUCCAGUACGCAUUAUUGUUCGCAUGCGUCGCCGCGGCUGAGGUCUGGGCGCAGUACGAGGAAUGGACGCCGAGCUUUCACUGGACGGAGAAAAUGACCAUCAAGAACCCGGAAAACAACCCUACCUUCAACGACCCAGAACUUGGGUCUCUGCAAGAUGCGUGGCAGGUCCUAGAAGAAACGUCAAACAAUACGUAUUUUCUGUUGUUUCGCACCCACGCUCCCGUUUAUAAGAUAUGUAUCUCCGCAACAGCAAAAAUCACAGACAAAACGAACAAAACUGCCAACUACACCGUAAUGAUUUACGAUUCGGAAAAAAAGAAAUACAAGAAUACCACAAUACAAGUGAGAGCUUUGAAUCAAACUGACUACCCGCUUGAAAACGUCAUAAGGGCAAACCUCAAAGGAACACUCCCAAGUGCUACUCCACUACCCCCAGGAAGCUACACGUACGCUGAGUAUGAUAACUCCACCUGCUAUUCCAGGAGUACCCCCUUCCCUGACAGGGGGGACGCUGCAAAACCUCAGCUGAGUACACUAGACUAUAAUGAUUUAAAUGAAGAUAUUCUAAAAAAGUUGUUCCGCUUCCCGGAAAAUCCUCAGUAUAUGGACAUGUAUGUGGUAUACAACGAGCCGCAAUGUUACGCUCUCAGGAGUCCCGCAGCCUGGGGAGGAUGCGACUUGUGGCUGAGAAAAACCGAGUUGAAAAGCAUAGUGGAGGACCUGAAAGACGAGAUUAUAAGAAAAGAAGAGGAACUGAUUGAGGAGUAUAAGAAAAAACUUGGAAUUUUUGAAAACUGUACUGCGCAACAUUAUCAAAUAGAAGAACUAACAGAUUACGUACAAGAUGACAUUGAAAGAUGGUUUCAAGAUGUCGUAUGGAAACGAAUUUCCCUCGACUGCAUUCUCGCCUUUAUGAUAACCUGCGGGGCCCCCGUGUUUAGAGUUUACAAUCCGGUAACCUGCAAUGCCUCACUAACGGGGCAAUACGUGUGAAGUUUCUACAAUUAUCACUCGUGAUCCUCA